AUGAAUCCGGCAGCGCCAGACGAGAUAGAACUCCAAUCCGCUCAAUCACCCCCUCGGCGCCGGAGUCAAGACACAAUCCAGAUCCACCCCGCUCCCCCCGGGACACUCCCAAACGGAGAGAAACAUCCCCUGACAAAAGCCGAAAAACGGGCAAUAUGGAAAUACCGCGCCAAGCUCCUGGCCGGCUUGAUAUUCCCGUUCUUCCUCGACGCUCUAGACACCACGAUAAUCGCGACAGCCCUGCCCCAUAUCGCAGCCUCCUUCGACCAGCUCACACAGCAGUCUUGGAUAGUGACAUCUUUUACACUUACUUCCACUGCAUUUAUUCCAGCUUUUGGCCAGCUCAGUGAUGUCUUUGGCCGGCAUGCCACACUGCAGUUUGUCAUAUUUUUAAUGCUUGCAGGGAGCGCGCUUUGCGCUGGAGCCCAGAGUUUCGAGAUGUUAUUGGUGGGCAGGGCUAUCGCGGGGGUGAGUUCGGCAGGAUUGUGGGUUAUGAUGACGGUGAUUUUGUCGGACAAGGUUAGUUUGAAGGAUAACGCGUUGCAGAAUACCUUAUUUUCACUGGUCGCUGGCGGUAGCUAUUCUGUUGGGCCGGUUAUUGGGGGGUGAGUUCCUGACAUCUGCCAUACUUAAAUUAUCGGGUUAUAUUGACAUUUGAAUAGCCAGUUGACAAAUGUGUGAGCUUCUUCUGAGUUGAUAUCGAGGGCUCCGUAGGGGGAUUCUUGCUAAAAAAAAGUAGGUAAACUGGCGCUGGUGUUUCGGUCUUUCAAUACCAAUCUGCCUCCUGGCACACGUUACCGUAUUUUUUGUUCUGAAGCCAGAACUCGUCAAAUCCCAGCGCCAUAUCGACUCGGACACCGGCGAGGAGUUAUCGAGACGGACAUUUAUGCAGAAAAUAUCGGUGAUAGACUGGCCGGGGUUAAUCCUCUUCUUGGCUUCUUGCAUUACAAUCAUCCUUGCAUUAACAUGGGGCGGGGCAACGUACGCUUGGGACUCUCCUCAGGUCACUAUCCUCUUGGUAGUAGGUGGAGUGUUGCUCCUGGCGUUCGUCUGGGUAGAGUACUUAAUGGAGCCGGGACGGUGGUUGGAGAAAAAGGUACGGGUGCCCGGGAAGCAAGCUAUGAUCCCGGUCCAUCUGUUUUAUGAGAAGGAUAUUGUCAUUUUGGCUUUUUUGAAUUUCGUGGAGGGGGCUGGUAAAGUCUUGGCCCUUAUAUGCUAAUCCUGUAAGAGAGCUAACAAUGGGUAGCCCUAUUCGCAAUGUUCUACUUUAUCAGUGUCUACUUUACCAUUGUGGAGCAGGAUUCUGCUAGCAAAGCUGGCUUGCAAUUGCUCUUUUACCUCCCAGGCAUAGGCGGUAUGACUCCCUCCUGCCACCUCUCACCAUCCCGACUAACAUCCCAACGCUUCAGCGGGUGCCUACUCGGCAAUGUACCUCUGCAACGUCAGCCCCCGCACCACCUUCCCACCUCUCCUGCUUGGCCACCUCGCCUUCCCGAUAUCCAUCGGAGUCCUAACCUCGGCCCUGAGAUCCCGUAACAAACCCCUAAUAUACGGUAUGAUGGCCCUCAGCGGCUUCGGCAACGGAAUAUCAUUCAUGCCCGUCCCACUCCAUGCCAUCGCCAAGAAGCCGGCACACCUUGCCGUUAUCGUCGGAACAAUACAGUUCUUUGAACCGUUUGGAGGAACGGUGGCAAUGGCCGUGAUGGGCUCAGUGUUGAAUAAUAAACUUGGUGAGUUCGGGGGGGAAUUUUCAAAGGGGGGCGGGGGCGGUGCGGUAGGUGCUGGAUUGGCGUUCGGGGUGCAGGCUAGGGAAGCUGUGAAGGAGGGGGUUAGGUGGGCGUUCCUGGCUAUAUUACCGCUAGUGGUGGUGGCGGCGGUAGUUGUGUUUUUCCUUGGAGAUGUUCGAAUUGAUGAAGGGGUAGUUGUGGAGGAGAUGGUUAGCGGGGGGGGGCGGAAGUGGGGGGUCAAGGUUUAUUAUGAGGUUUGUUGUUUGCCUAAGAGUUCCUGGGAGGGUGAUGUUGCUAACCGGCGAUAGGCGGUGAAGGAUUGGAUUACAGGUCGGCAAAGUAGCUAAUGGGUGUGUGAUGGGAUUAUGAUUCAAUGAAUGAUUUAAGGUUGCGCUAGAGGGAGGUUGGGGAGCGCUACCGGCACAAGUAAGAGUCUAGAAUAUAUGACCAAACAUUUACAACCAAAUAAUAGAGUCAAGCAACUUUUAUU